AUGUGGCUCACGGCGCUGGUGCUUCGCUUUGUGCCUGUAUCAGCUUCCCCAAGGCUUCGAAAAGCCUUGAUUGCAGCUUGUCUACUUCGUGGCGUCGGUUAUCUGCUGGAGGGAGUCGCGCAUGUUGCUUUCAACCAGCGGGAUGGCCUCGCGCUUGCUUUGGCCGGCCGGGCCAUGGUGGUGGUGUCCUUGUUCUUUUGGCUUGCACUUGCUACUGGAUUCGGGGAAGUAGUUUGGGAAGGGAUGCACAUCCUCUGGUUGACGUCAUGGCUGAUGUCAUUCUUCUUUCUGCCAGUGGUUCUUACAUGUCUCUUCUUGUUUUCCCAACAAAGCACCAUAGUGGCUAUGUCUGCAGCGGGUGUCGUUGACCUCUACUUCGCUUGCAUCUGGGCCGGCGUGGCAAGAGCUUCUUCAAUCGGAGGGGGCACUGCUAUUGCGCACGGGUCCGCAGCCUGCAUGAUCCUCCUAGCCGCCUCAGGGUCAAUCUUCCAAGCUGCCACAGAAGACCUUUGUGGCCCGCCUGCGCACGCCAAUUGCUACAAGGGCUGCUUCACGAAUGCUGGUGGCUGGUACAGUUUCAUGGGGUGUUCCCUCUGCUUUUUGGGCCACAUCGCGUUUGUCGGUUUCUGGCUUCUCGAUGCUGUCCCGAUGGAUGUCCAAUGGCCACCACAAGUAUGGGAGCAUUUCAUGGGAAGCAAAGCGGGCGAUAGCCAUGGUGUGGUGGCGCCUUCGAUGCUGCCCCCGGGUGCCGACUGA